CCCCGUCACACAUCACGGAUCCAGAUGGUUUAAUUGAAUUUUGGAUUAUUUUACCCAAACUGUUUCUGCGCGUGUUGACUUCAUGCGCGUCUGCCUCAGACUGAUUGUGACUUUUGCUGCGUGGACUAAAACCACUGACAGAAGUUUCUAUUAUAAUUAAAAUGGGGUUUUUUUGUUCCCUGUCUGCUGCCGGGGUUUUGCUUCGGUCGUGGACACCGCAUUGUUCAGCUCGCAUGGAUUUAGAGUCCUGCCGUUGGAUUUGGUGACAGUUGUUACCGGAUGACUGACAGCGGUGCUCUCUGCUCAGCGCGCACACAGCUACAGCGAGAGGCACUGAGGGGGACCCCCUUCACACUGAAGCGUCACUUUAUUUUAAAGAGAAUAAACGCGUUAUUUGGUUCCUCUCAGCGGCGCAGAAAGAAGUUAAAUUGUGCAAACUGCGACCUCUAACUCUUACAAAAAGUCUGAUUUCAAAAACCACUCUGAACCUGUUUUCCAUUUUUGUAACUUUAGCCACAAGUAUUUAUAUAACCCUUAGAAAUUCUAGAUAAAGCCCAAAUUCCUAUGUAAAGAGAAAUUAAUUUAGCCACCAGUCACCACACAAUUGCCUUCCAUGUAAAUGAAAAUGCCAUUUACAGUUAUUCAUCCCUUACUUCUCAUUUCAGUUCUCAAUUGAAGAGCAAGUUAUUCCUGCCCUUCAAAUUGAGAUUAGAACAGAAGUUUCUGUUUUGACUCAGAAACCACACACACACACGCACACACACGCACUCUCACAUCUCCUUUCAAUGCUCACCUUUCACAAAGCAUUAAUGCAAAAGCUUUUCUGUUGAAACACAUGCAGCCUUUCCAAGUUUUUACUACAGCACGUGGGAACUUCUGAGUCUAACUUUGGUUUCUGUGAGAUAAUGCUGCCAAUGUUCACAGUGAAGGUGACGAGGACCUUUUCAUUUUUUACACCAAUACACCCUCAAUCUGACCUCAGACACAAAUUUCAAAAUAACCAAGUUUUCAAGCUCUUUGGACCUCCCUAAUCUAAAUUGUUUGUCUCUCACUCUCUCCACCACCCCUCUGUGUGUGUGUGUGCCAGACCUCUGCCGAAAGUAAUGCCAAGAAACCAAUAAUGCAAACAGAGAGCAAUGUGUGUAUGCAUGCAUGGACUGUAUGUGAGUGUGUAUCUGGGUCACUGCUGGGCACUGUGCUGACGGGCUGUCUGUUUUUCUGAACACCUCUCGCCUGCAACACUGAAACUCGGAGUCACAUUCAAACUAACCCUUCUCCCCUGCUCGGAAAGUAUUUCAUUUGGUAACGGCCCCGCAGGAACACAACAGUGUCUGCUUUGUCGGCUGUUGUUGGCUAAUGCAAAAGCAUCUCGUUUGUGUCCUUGAUUAAGUCUGAAUGUGUGUUGGAGCACGUUCGCAUUUUCUGUCUUUUUUUAAAACCUGACUGUUGUGUCACAGUUACACAGCUGUGUUUUUAACGCGUUUCAACACGGGAACGAAAACUGCUCGGCUCCUGUGAAUUCAGGCACAGCUCUGCCAAACUGUUGUAGGAAGCAGCUUUAAUUUGUGAAAUAUUUCCCUAGACCUGACCCUGAAAUCACUUGCAAAACAGAUGCAAACAGAUAACUCCUCUCAUCCUGCCUGUGUCUGUGAGGACCUUUGGUCAUGUCCGUUUAGCUGCCCUGCGUGAUGCCUGAUCAUGACAGCACCACCCUCCUAACCAGACAGACAAAGCGCCGACGUGUCGACAUCGGGGUGAAAAGGACUGUGGGUAGCACAAUAUUCACCCGCGCCAGGGAGACCCUGUUCGACAGCAUGAACCAAUCGCACGGCUCCGAUCAGGACGGAGACUGCUCCUUGAUCAGUCACGGCCACGGGGGUACCGCCGGAGAUGGAGAGAAGUCAAACGUAUUGAGGAAGUUGCUGAAAAGGGCCAACUCGUAUGAAGACGCCAUAAUGCCUUUCCCCGGUGCUACCAUCAUCUCUCAGCUACUGAAGAAUAACAUAGGAAAGAAUGGAGGAAGUGACUCGGGUUUCCAGGGAAGCGGAGCUCUGUCCAGUGGAGGCUCAGAGAUCCAGGCUGAGGACGCCUGCAGCAACUCCUCCCGUGACCAGGACAGCCCAUCUGACUGCCUCUCUCCUGGGCCUCCGCUUCCCCCUCCAUCUUCUUCCUCCUCCUUUGGGCGGCCGCCGCCUCCUUCGAGCCUCAACUCCCACGCUCCCUCUCAGCCCCUCUCCCUUUCCUCCUUUGACUUGGACAGGCUAUCGGACGAGCACCUUCGUGCCAAGCGUGCCCGCGUGGAAAACAUCAUCCGCGGCAUGAGUCACUCUCCACUGGUCCGGCCCAACACCAGCGACCACAACCAAGAAAGCAACCGUGACAACGAGAACAGCAGCAACAACAGCAACAGCAGCAAUGAUCACCGAGGGGACGGAAACACCAGCAACCACAACCACAUCCGCAGCGACUGUCCUUCUUCCCUCCUGAGCUCUCCAGGUUCGCGGGCCGGUGUCGUCGGCGUCAGUGAGGUUUACAGAGAGAAUAAGAGAAAGCAGCGUCUGCCGCAGCAGCAACACAGCUUCACCCAGCUGGUGUGUUCCAGGCAGGAGCAGAGACAGGAAGAGAGACGGCAGCUCAAACUGCAACUGGAGGACAUGCAGAAACAACUGCGCCAGCUCCAGGAGAAGUUCUACCAGAUCUACGACUCAGAGACAGAGGAAGAGGAGGAGAAUGGCGAGAGUGGAGAGGCUGACCGGGGAGGAGAAAGAGAAGAAGAUGGUAACUUGUCGGAGGACAGUAUCCGCUCUGACGGCUUGGAGGAGAGGCACAGGGACAGAGGGCGGCACAGCCACGAUGAACUGUCUGAGCUGGACCCAGGUCUGUUCCUGGACCGGGCCCGAGCCCUCCUCCGGGAACAGGCUCUGUUAGAUGGAGAAAUAGAGGAAGAUGUGGACGGCAGGGAGGAGGAGGAGAGGAAUGGAGAGAGGGUGAUGAAGAGGAGAGGAGGAGCAGCAGGAGGGAGAGGAGAAGGAGGAAGGCAGUUAGCAGAGACACUGAAGCAGGAGCUGAACUGUGCCGUGUCACAGGUCGUUGACACCGUCGUCAAGGGCUUCUCUUCGCCUAAGCAGGCCGUCAGUCACCAUCAUGGCUGCCGCAGCAACACACCAGCUGCACCUUCCUCUUCCUCCAACUCGUCCUCUUCCUGUCCUCCACCUUUCGGCCCCCUCCCCUCCCUUACCCCGGACUCACGCUUUGGCAGUGGUGCCCUGGCUCUCACUCUGAAUGGUGACGGCAGUCCCACCCCUAACUACCACUCCUCCAACCAGAGGCUGCAUUGCUUCGGCGAUGUAAUUGUCCCGAGUCCGUUGGAUUCAUUUGGUGGUUUGAGUGGUAGACUGAGCGGUGUGCCAACGCCAAACGACCAAACAGAGGCACUGCCGCUGGUGGUGCGCAAAAAUGGUGGAGGAGGUGGAGGGGACAACAUCAACCCCUCUCUUCCUCCUCCUCCCCCUCCUCACCAUCCCUCCCUCCACCCCUCUCCCCUCACGGCCUCUCUAGGGUUUAGCCCUCCAUCAUUUCGCCACCCGUUCCCUCUUCCCCUUAUGGGUUACCCUUUUCAGAGCCCCCUGGGGUCGCAUGGGGGUGGAGCCGGCUACCCUCCAGGGCCCAAAGACCACCAUCGGUCCUCCCCCGAUUCCAUGGACAUGACCCGGGAAACGGUCAGCCUCAGAACCAAAAUGGCAUCCCUCGGAGGGGGCCAUCUCAGUCACCACCACCACCACAGGCAGACCUCACCGAGCCAGCAUGGGCAAGAGGGCCUGUCCCUGUCCCUCAUCAAGUCUGAGUGUGGGGACCUGCAAGACAUUGCUGACAUAUCGCCCUACUCAGGCAGCACUAUUCAGGAGGGCUUAUCUCCCAACCACCUGAAGAAAGCCAAGCUGAUGUUCUUCUACACCCGCUACCCUUCCUCCAACAUGCUCAAAAUGUACUUCUCCGACGUCAAGUUCAAUCGCUGCAUCACCUCCCAGCUGAUCAAGUGGUUCAGCAACUUCAGGGAGUUCUACUACAUCCAGAUGGAGAAGUUUGCCCGGCAGGCCAUCAACGAGGGCGUGACUGCUGCAGAGGAGCUGACGGUGGGCCGCGACGCCGAGCUUUUCAGGGCGCUCAACAUGCACUACAACAAGGCCAAUGACUUUGAGGUUCCUGAUCGGUUUCUGGAGGUGGCCCAAGUGACUCUCCGUGAGUUCUUCAACGCCAUCGUGGCCGGCAAAGACGCAGACCCGUCCUGGAAGAAGGCCAUCUACAAGGUGAUCUGCAAACUGGACAGCGAGGUUCCCGAGAUCUUCAAAUCCCCCAACUGUCUACAAGAACUCCUCCAUGACUGACUAGGACGAGGGAGGAAACACGUCAAGCAAGACAAACCUCCGAGGACUGUGAGAAGACUGUAAGAAAACGCCAGUAAAAGGCGCACAGUUUGACGUUCAUAACGCGAUGCAGAGACUUGAAGUUAUUCUGCUCGGAGGCUUCUGGAGAGGUUUGUUAGUGGUUGUUUUCAGUCAGCCCAUCUUUUAAAGACAAACCUGCCCUCUCAAGAUGUUUUAUAUAUUAAAAAAAUAUUCCUCUUCAGCAAGGUGGAGGGCUGAGACUCGAGAGUCAGACGACACUCAAAAUUUACAAAUUGUGUUGAGACUUUUAUAAAUUAAAAGCAAAACGGUGAAAAGUGAACCUCCUUGCACUUAGAGAAAAGCUCCUCCUUGCCAAAAACCCUAUCUCCUCUUUCUCCUCCAACUCGUCCAAGCUCGCUCUUCAUCCUCCUUCAGGGAUGAGGAGGAUUAUGGAUCAAUCUUCAGGCCUAGAAUCGGGAUCAGGAGCGAACUAAAAAUAAAGAUGAUAAUAUAUAAAAAUCUUUUUAUUGUGGAUGUUUUUAAGUUACAUGGACAUUUUUGAAAAAAAAAGUGAUGUUUCUGUAUUUUUUCUCCUUUGUAUAAGCUUUCAGCUUCUCAGUCACAACUUACACAGACACACAAACACACACUUACACACACACACACUUACACACACCUUUUGAACAGGAAAGCACAGUAGCAAUCCCAAAUCCUCACCCGGACCCAGACAAACUGGGCAAAAAAAAAAAAAAAAAAAAAAUGACUUAGUUGUUGUUUAUUUCCCUUCAUUUUCCCUCCUCUUUUUACUUCUUCCUCUUCUUACUGUACUGAGACUUACUGAGUGUUUGUCUUGACUGUGUGGCUCUCCCUGCCCCACCCCUCCCACGGCUGCCCCUUCUCGGCUCGCGCCGCAUUCAGGCGCCCAGAGCAUCGAUGGCAAAAAUCUUACUAUUUCACUUCUUAAAGAAAUGAAAUAACUUUGACUGUGUCUGUUCCAUUUUUACAAUUCUAGAAAAAAGUGUUCUGACACAAACUUCAGCUCCCACACACUGUCAGCACUUACGCUGAAUUUAUUCAGUGGCUGUGUUUCAGGCACUUAAUACCUAUGAAGCAUGGAGUAUCUGAUGAAGGCUGCUUGACCGAAACAUACCUGUUUUUGCUGUUGUUGUUGUGAACCACUACACACUGGUCUGUAUACAGGUGUGCACAAAAACCUUCUGCACAAUAAGGAGCCCUUAUAUUUAUAUUUAUAUAAGAUUUAUGACCAAGGUGUGUGCUGAGUGGGACUUUUUACUUUACUUUUUACAGAAUAAAUAAACAUGUCACUGCUCUCUGGUGGACAAACUAUGUAAUGGUGACUACAUGACCUAAAACACACUGUUUUGCAUUUUAUUGUUGCAGAUCUGCCAACUUAUACACAAUAUCAAAAUAAUAAGCCUAAGCCAGGGUCAACUACUACUGGUUUAUUUGUCAGUUUCAAAAUACAGCACCAAUAUAGGAUUAUGGGGGUACUUAGGCCAUGAUUGGUGCUGUACUAAUUCUGGUGUCAUAAAAAGACAGAACUGUCUUUCUUGAAUGGUGCUAUGACAGGCUAAUCUUUUCUUUAAAUCAAUACACAAGAUUAUUUUAAGUAUUUAUUGAAUUUACACACUUGCACUGAGGAUUUUAACACUUAACAAAACUCUGAUACCUGGCUGUGGUACAAUCAGGUGUUUUUAAAGUUGCUUGUAUCUCCUACAUUCAGAAAUGUCCAAUUUCAUCCCUGAAAACUUCACAAAAAGUCACAAACCACAGGGUGGAAAUGUGAUUUCUUUGGAUAUUUGUCUCCAUGCUCUGCGCAGCCAAGAGGGGCAGCUGCACCAGCCGGGUCAUGUGUGAAGUGUUUAAGGUUUUAACAGCAGAAAAAAAAAUACAUACAACAAAAUGCUGAUAUUUGUAG